UAUAAAUUUCUGCACCCAAGAAUGAACUAAUGCAACAAGAAUCUAAGCUCUCAUAACAAACAUUGUAGCUGUUGGUUCUUUCUUUCCAUCAAGCAAUGACUUAUGCUAAGCUGGCUACUUUGGCUGUGUUCUUCCUUGCAACAUUGAUAAUAUUCCCGAUGAAGAAGGUAGAAGCCGACCGUUGUGCUAUGGCUGUUUGUUCAGAUUCACUUAAAACAUGUGGUAGCGUAUAUUGUGUUUGUAUCCCCAAUGAAUAUAGAUGCUUACCUGCAUCAUACAAAGAUCUUGUGAAAAUACCUGGAAAAAAUCCAAACUAUUGUCAGUCUCAUGUGGAAUGCAAGGAGAAGGGACGUGGUAGCUUUUGCGCUCGUUAUCCUAGUCCUAAUGUCGAUUAUGGUUGGUGUGUUGCCUCUAUAUCAGAGGCAGAAGACUUCUUCUUCAAGCUUGCCUCUAAAUCUACCGUCACAAAAGACUUCUUGAAGAUGUUUGAGAUAGCUUAAUAUUGAUAAGUCCAUAAAAUCUACAUCCACGAUAUGAUGCAUCUUCUACCUUAAAUAAAUAUUAAUCUUUGUUUCCAAUCGAUGAGUUGGAUUUCUUAGAUAUAAUUGAUGCAUGUAAAUUGGUGUGGAAUUUUAAUAUAUUGUUUUCAGUGUUCGUUUCGUGAAGGAGUCUGAUUUAGGUGGUAAUGUUUAUUUUGGUGGGUGUUGUCCGCAUGGGUGUUGAAGGUAGGGUUUGGCUAGAUCUUGUGUUCAAUGGUGUCUUUUAUGAUGUUUAUUUUCGGGUGUUCCGCCUAUAUACGACGCCUUUAGAUUGUAUUCUCUGAAUCACCGGUCUCUGUUCAUCUUAAGCAGCGAUCUGGUUUUUAAAUAAAAUUUGCCGUUAAAUAAAAAAAAA